UUAAGCUGCUAGGCUGCUCUCACACACUUUGUGUUUGAGUCUGACUGCAGAUUCACUGACAGCAUGGCGACCGAGAACGAGGCUCCUCUGGGUUCCAUCGAGAACCCGAUCAGGUUCCAGGACCAGGACUUCAAGACUCUGCUGGAGGAGAACCUGAAGUCCGGAAAGCUGUUUGAUGAUCCAACCUUUCCACCUGAGCAGAAGACCAUCGGGAUGCCGGAAGACCCGGAUCCAAAGAAGGCGAUCAAGUGGCAGAGACCCAAGGAAAUAAGUGAGAAUGCUGUGUUCGUGGAGGGCACAACUGGGACCACUGAUAUCUGUCAAGGUCAACUCGGUAACUGUUGGCUGCUGGCGGCCCUGUCCUGUCUCACCAUGCACCCCAAACUCUUCGUGAAGGUGGUGCCACCCAAUCAGACCCUGUCCAAGCCCUACGCGGGGAUUUUCCAUUUCAGGUUCUGGCAGUAUGGUGAGUGGGUGGAGGUGGUUGUGGAUGACAAGCUGCCAGUACGCGAAGGCCGUCUGCUCUUCAGCUACUCUGACACCCGCAACGAGUAUUGGAGCGCCCUGGUGGAGAAGGCCUAUGCCAAGUUGAUUGGAUCCUACGGAAGCCUGAAGGGGGGCAACAUUUCAGAGGGGAUGGAGGAUUUCACAGGAGGCAUCGCGUACUCGCUGCAGGUUUCAUCUCGUACCCCUCGAGUCUUCUGGAGGUCCCUGACAGCCGCCCUGUCUCGAGGCAGCCUGCUCAGCUGCUUCAUCGAGGCCAGCACCUACCGUGACAUUGGUAAAGUGACGGCAGACGGGCUGAUAAAGGGCCACGCUUAUGCCAUCACCGACACCGACAAGGUGAAGAGAGCGUCGGAGGAGGUUUUGCUGCUGAGGCUGAGGAACCCCUGGGGUUUUGUUGAAUAUCGCGGACCCUGGAGUGACAAGGGUAAAGAGUGGGAUAACGUGGACAAAGCAGAGAAGGAAAGGAUUGAGCUGAAGAAGAAAGAAGAUGGAGAGUUCUGGAUCAGUGCUGAGGCCUUCAGCAGCCUGUUUGACAUCGUGGAGCUCUGCAGUGUGAGUCCUGACACUAUUGUGGAGGGAAGCACACCUGUCUCUCCUGCCUCUCCUGCCUCUCCCGCCUCCCCGACUUCCUGGACCAUCAGUGAACAUGAAGGAUUCUGGGUACCGGGGAGUUCUGCCGGUGGUAGCCGCAAAUACAACCGAUCGUUCUGGAAGAAUCCUCAGUUCGAGUUGGUUCUCAUGGAGAAGGACCUGACUGAAGAAGACGAUGAGGAUGAGGAUGAUGAAGAUGACGAGGAUGAUGAGGAAAUAACCCCAGAGGAGAAGAAGAGUUUAGAUAAAAAAAAGAAGAAAGCCAAACAGUGCACUGUGCUGGUGGAGAUGCUUCAGAAAAACCGCAGGACAAAGAGUAAAAUCCACUUCCUCUACAUGGCGUUCCACAUCUACAAGGUUCCUCCUGAGCUCCAGGGUGCGUGUCUGAGCCGCAACUUCUUCAUGACAAAUCGCCCCGUGAGUCGCUCUGGGAAAUAUAAGGGUCAGAGGGGUAUCUGGAGGAAGCUGCAUCUGGACCCGGGUAACUACAUCAUCGUGGCGUCUACCUAUCGACCCAACCAGCCUGGAGAGUACUUCAUCCGCAUUUUCUCCAAGACUGGAAACACUCUGGGGACUCAGGACUUCACCUGCUCCUCUGGCUUCCUCCCGGUUAUGGCGAAUCCCGUCACCCCGGAGGAUCGAGCGAGAGUUCAGAAGGCUUUUGAUGAGGAUGCUGGCCCAGAUGACAGACUGAACGUCAAGGAGCUCAUGAAGCUGUUCAACACAGCUCUUGACAAAGAUUACCAUCUGUCACUGGAGACAUGCAGACAGCUCAUCUUUGAAGAGGAUACUAAAGGGCGCAGCAGUCUCAGCCGUGAACAAACAGGAGCCCUGCUGUCCAGUCUGCGCAAUCUGCAGUCCAUCUUCUUCCAGUUCGAUGAGGACUCCUCUGGGACCAUGAGCCCCUUUGAACUCAGUACAGCGAUGCAAGCUGUUGGGAUGCAGCUUGACAACAAGGUGGUGGAGCUGCUGUCUGAGCGCUUUGCGUCUGGAGAGCUUCACUUGUCCUUCCAGGCCUUUGUGUCGUGUGUCACCAGGGUGAACAAGCUUUUCGCUCUGUAUGAAUCAGAGACCAGUGAAGAGGUGAAAAUCAGAGGGAUCAACGCUUGGCUGCUUCAGUUCCUGAUGCUGUGAAGACGCUUCAUGAACAGGGUCUCCACGUUAGACCCAGCUGAGCCACAGCGUGCCUUUGAUUCUAAAAUAUAGACUGACAAUUAUAAACCGUGAUUUAAAACUGUUCCUCCACAGUUCAUGCUUUGCUAUGCCGUUGUUUUAUUCUUGCUUCAUCUCGUACCUUCCUCAUACUUCUGGAUAUACCUUUGAUAUAGGCUCAAGGUUCAAGAUUCAGCUUUAUUAUCAUUAUACAAUGCAGGAUUACACAAUGAAAUGUAGCUCUAGCUUAGUCCACAUUAAACACACAUAAAAAAAGUAUAAACUAGAAUAGAAUAAAACAAUGAAAUAGAACAAAGUAUAUAAAAGUAGCACUAAAGGUAGAAAUAGAAAGGAAAAUUAACAUAUAUUUACAAGGAAGAUAUACAGUAUACACAUAUACACACAAUAUAUGCAUAUAAUAUGCAGGGAAUGCAGCACAAUCAUUUAAUUAUGUAAUCAUUUUCUAUUAUUCCACAUUGUAAUAAAAGUGAUUUCAUGAUUACA